GGUGACGACGAAUCAUCACUAUUUGAAUACAAGUUUUUACAUCCUCCACUCCAUGCGUACUGAGAAAUUCCCGCCAAAUUUCUUGUACGCUCCCAUAAGUGAUCUCUCUGAGUGUCCAUAGAUCGUAAGAACUACAACAUUCAGAUGGAAGUCUCGCGGAUAUGUUGUGGAAAAAGUAAUGCACCGUGGAAAUACCACUGAGCGCCGCCGAUGACUAAGUGGAUCUCUUGUUCAUUCACCAACUUUAGCAGCCAAUUGAUGACUAAAAUCAAUAAUUACUUGGAAAGGCAGUGAUAUUUUGGCGAAUCGGACGAUUCAAUCACCUCUUGAGGUGUUUCCCGAGAAACUACAAGUUUUGUGAGUGAUCAAAAUACCACAGUGAGCAAUUGAGUGACUCCUAGAGGAAAACCGCACAGUGAGCGAUCGAUCUUUCAAUAUUUCCUUGUGACCCACGUGAAUCUAGCCAGUCAAAAUAGCUCCACUAAAUUCCACACGAAUGCAUCUGCCAGCGUCGGGGGCAACGGCAGUGCACCAGGCAGGGGGUGGCAGCACAAACUGUGGCAACGGCGGCGGUUUAGACGCCGCCACCGCAAGUGAUUGGGGUGAUCACAAGGGGGGCAUGUUAGAGCCCCCCGGCACGAGCUGCAGUGGCUCACCGCCAGGCUCGCAAGAUCUCUGGUGGACAGAGCGGCUCGUCUUCGAGGCGCAACAAGAGUAUCCAGGAGAACUUGUUCGAACGGGAAGUCCAUAUUUCCUCUGCUCGGCCCUACCGACCCACUGGCGCUCCAAUAAAACCCUCCCGAUCGCCUUCAAGGUGGUCGCCCUUGUGGACGUCGGUGACGGCACAAUGGUGACCGUUCGGGCCGGCAAUGAUGAGAACUACUGUGCAGAAUUGCGGAAUUGCUCGGCCGUGAUGAAAAACCAAGUUGCCAAAUUCAAUGAUCUUCGAUUCGUGGGAAGAAGUGGUCGAGGGAAAAGCUUCACACUCACCAUCACCGUCUCGACGACACCACCUCAAGUGACAACGUAUAGCAAAGCAAUUAAAGUGACUGUCGAUGGUCCUCGUGAACCACGAUCGAAAACUAGUCCAACUGGUGGUCACCAAUAUCGUGCUCUAGGUCUCGGUCAGAGGCCAUUCCUCGAUGCUCCAUUUACAGGUCAUCUGAGAGAGUUGGAGCCCUAUCGACGGAAAACACCCGCCACCUCGUCCAUCAACCAGUUGCCUUCAGCCCCAACAGCCUCAAUGGGGGUUUCUGGGGGUCAUACGUCACCAUCCUCAAACGGCAUUCCGUCAUCGUCCUCCACAGUCGACUGUCAGGAUCACUAUAAGCCAAAUGCACCACAAAUACACGAGGGCAAUUUAAUCGGGGCAGCUGAAUGGGCGGGAUAUACUCCAAGCUCCACUUGCUCCACAUACUCAGCUUAUCCAGCCACCUACGGAUAUGAAGCCCAAACACCCAUAGAUCACACGAAUCUCCACCUGCCAACAGUUCUCACGGAUCAGCCUUUUUGUGCCACUGACUACCACCCCACGGCUGGUGUGAAUGCAACAAGUCACCAUCCCCAGGCCAGUUGCCACGUGAGCUCCUUCAACACCCCCGGACCGACUGCAGGACUCCCCAAAGUCACGCCCGAUUUGGAUCCCAUGAACUCCUAUGCAUCUUAUAAUGCCAACUGGUCCAACGGCUACAACAACUACCAGUACAGCUCCUGUCCUCCCCCGCCACCCCCUCCACCCCCUGCACCCCCACACCCGUCGUCCGUGCAGCACCAGUAUCCCAGUCACACGGCGCCAACGAUGCUGCUCUAUCCUCAGCUCUACUCCACCGUGAACCAGAAUCAGAUCCAUCUGCACCUGCACGGAGGUCCCGAGAAGAUCGAGCAGUACCUCAGCCCCGAGAACUCACUCACCAUCAGCUCCAUCGGGGCCGGCAGAGGCAUUGAGAUUGAGAUUGGGGGCAAUGAAGCGGCAGCCCCACCGGCUCUGAUGUCCACCGACGAACAGGAGAAUCACGCGAACGAAGACUCGACGCAACACUCGAGGGAUGUGCCAGGAGAUCCCAACAGUGUGUGGCGUCCGUACUGAAGAGAUGAAUCUGAAAAGACACUUUAUAUAGUGAGUGAAUAUACUUUGUAGGUAAAUAGAAGAUUAUAAGAAUGCUAAAAUAUCAACACACGCUGAAUUUACUAUAGUUACAUUCAAUCUCCUCACCAUCUUUCCAUCCCAUCUCAUCUCUCCUUUACAAGUGUAAAUAAAGCAUCUUAUUUAAAAAGGAAAUUACGAUAGAUAAUUCUUAGGGAAAAGAAUCUCUAUUCGCUCAAGCAAAACUGCAAUUUUGUCAACACAAAACAUAAAUUUUUCAACCUCCGUGAAGAGCAUAAUUCCGCCAUUCGCUGUAACUUGAGUGAGUGAGAAGCCAAGGAGAGACUCUGUUGAUUUAUUAAUGAAAUUUGUAUAAUGAAAGUAAAUGAAAAUAAAUAAUAUUGUGCAUA